CGGCGGCGGCGGCGGCGGCGCGGGAUGAACGGGACGGGCCGGGCGGACGGGAGCGACGGCGGGACAGCGCUGCCGGCCGGGGCUCGCCCGCUGGUCAGCGCCCUCAUGUUCUCGGCCGGGCUCCUGGGCAACCUCCUGGCGCUGGGGCUGCUCCUGCGCGGCCGCCGCGGGGCCCGGCAGCGCCCGCCCGCGCUGUUCCACGUCCUGGUGCUGGCCCUGGUGGUCACCGACCUGCUGGGCACCUGCUCCGUCAGCCCCUUGGUGCUCGCUUCCUACCACCGCAACCUCACCCUCACCAGCCUGGCCCGCGGAGGGCACAUCUGCCUCUACUUCGGCUUCGCCAUGAGCUUCUUCGGCCUCGCCACCAUGCUCAUCCUCUUCACCAUGGCGCUGGAGCGCUGCCUGGCCCUGGGGCGACCCUACUUCUACGAGCGCUUCCUGAGCCCCCGCACGGGGCUGGUGGCCCUGCCGGCCAUCUACACCUUCUCGGCCGCCUUGUGCUCGCUGCCGCUGCUGGGCUUCGGGCGCUACGUGCAGUACUGCCCCGGCACCUGGUGCUUCAUCCAGAUGCACCUGGACCCGCAGCGCGGCGACGGCCGGGCCGCGGGGCUGGACGUCACCUUCUCGCUCCUCUACGCCACGCUGCUCCUCUUCCUCAUCCUCGCCGUGCUGCUCUGCAACCUGAGCGUCAUCGUGAACCUGGCCCGCAUGCACCGCCGCGGGCAGAGGAGCCGCAGGGUGGCCGCCCCCGAGCAGCCCCGCACGGCCGGCGGCUGCGGCCGGCGCAUCUUCUCCAUGGCCGAGGAGAUCGACCACCUCCUGCUGCUCUCCAUCAUGACCAUCACCUUCGUCAUCUGCUCCCUGCCCUUCACGAUCCGUGCCUACGUGAACAAGUUCAGCGAGGAAGAGGAUGACCACGAGUGGGACCUGCUGGCCCUGCGCUUCCUGUCCAUCAACUCCAUCGUGGAUCCCUGGGUCUUUGCCAUCCUGCGGCCGCCCGUGCUGCGCCUCAUGCGCUCCGUGCUCUGCUGCCAGGUGACCCCCACGGCCCCGGGCGGCCACGCCGUGUCCUCUGCCGUGACAAAGCUGCCAGCACGGCCACACCUCUGUGGGCAGUAGAUCCAGGAGGAUCCUGCCUCCUGACGGGCAGUUCUGGGCCCCUCGGAUUGGGAAGGAUGUUGGGAUGCUGGAGCGCGUCCAGAGGAGGCAACGAGGCCGGAGAGGGGCUGGGAACACAAACCCUGAGAGGAACCCUGAGGGAGCUGGGGGUGCUCAGCCUGGAGAAAAGGAGACUCA